AUGGAGUUUGGACCUUCGGAGGGCCAGAACGGAUACAUGGCUCUCACCAUUGGCUGGUAUAUGGAUGUCUUAUGCAGAAAGGUCGACCCUCAGCAGAGGGGGAUUGAUCAGCUUCUCCGCGAAGAGAUCACCUCCAAGCUGGGCUCUGCAAGCGAAGUCUAUUGUGGCCUGCCAAGCCCGUCCGAGCUCGACCGCUCUCGCAUCGCAUCCCUGAAUUGCUUCUCGACCUUUGACUUGGUUUUAAGAGGGAAGUUCUCAUCCGAAUUUGUUUGGAAUCUCGCCUUCACGCCUAGUUCCUAUGCAGCCAGAGCCUUCAAGAAUCCGCAUUUCCUGGGGAAAUUGAAGAGCUACUCCACCGAGCGGGUGAGAACGCUCUGCAUCCCCGGUGCGAAUUUCAUUACCUCGGCACGUGGAGCUGCCGGUCUCUAUGAUGCCAUCCUGUCUGGCACCGGCAGCGUGGGCUUCAAGCCCGAGACGCUGCGGGCCCUCUCGGAGCCCGCCGAGGAGCGGUUCGAUGUGGUUAUACGACAGCCGACAGCCUUCUCGCUGGGCUUCGGAAAGCCCGCCUCUCCCGCGUCCUCCUGCUUUGGAAGCAGCAACAAGAGCUUCGGAGCUUACGGGACCGGUGGCCAAUUUGCUUUUGCCGACCCCGAUGCAGAGCUGGCCUACGCCUACUGCACGAACCGCCUCGGCACGCACCUUUGCGACCCAAGGGACCUUGCCUUGCGCCAGGUCGUUUACUCCAACCUUGCUCGGCUGGGGCACCCGUCCCGAGAUCAGCCCCCGGACAAGACACUUGAGAAGCAUCUGAAGGCCGGGACAGCGAAAGAGACGACCUGCUUUGAUUGGUUUCUGCGACUCUUUGGAGAGCUUCUGGCGUUUGUCACCUGGGCACGCUUGGGCGCUGCGAAAGACAUGGACGUCUUCAGCUUCGAUUUCGAGGAGGAUAUCGAGGCCAAAGAUGCAGAUCGGGAGGAGAGCCUUCGAGCCGAAGGCUUGACCUCUGCCGAAGGGGCUCUGAAUCGAGGCUCCCGAACGGUUUGCCGCCAUUGGCUGAAGAACCUCUGCAUGAAAGGUGACAAGUGCGAUUACUUGCACCAGUUCGACCUGAAUCGCAUGCCGGAGUGCUUGUUCUUUCUAAAGACCGGGAAGUGCUACGACCCGGACUGCCUCUUCAAGCAUGUGGCCGCCAGCGAGCGGCAGGAAUGCCCCAGAUAUCGUAUGGGCUUCUGCAAAUACGGCCCAUUGUGCCGGAUGUCGCACGAGAGGCUGCCCAAGGAUAAGAUGCCGGAUGUGUUGCCGGACUGGUUUUUGCAGCCACUGCUCAAGAAUGCGCACCUCUUGCCCAAAGCGGCGGACGUCAAGCUGUCGUCUUUCGACUUCCGGAGGACACCGGACAUCUCCUUCACGGCCUCCACCACAGCGGAGCUGGGCGCCAUCCCGGGCCUCCCCCCGCCAGUGCAGGGGAAGUGCCGAUUUUUCGUCAUGCGCUCCGUGAACCUCCGGAACCUCCAGAUCUCCGCCUGCAAGGGGAUUUGGGCCACUGGCAGCGGAAACACUUCAAAGCUCUGCCAGGGAUUCCGAGAAGUGGAUCACGUCAUUAUGAUCUUCACCUCGGCCGAGAGUCGGACCUUCCUGGGGUAUGCGCGCAUGGUGGACGAGCCUGAUGACCUGCUAUUCCCAGGCAUCUGGGGAGAAUUCUCCAGUCGACUGGGGCACAGCUUCAAGGUUCACUGGCUGAAGCAAUGCUCAGUCGGAGUUGCACAAACUGACCACAUCCGGAACCCGCACAACAACGACGAGCCUGUCCGUCGGGGCAAGGAUGGUCAGGAGCUGCCUGCGAGCGUGGGGGAGCGCCUGUGCCGAUUUCUCUGGCAGGAGAAAGAUGAGGACAUUCUGAAGGGCUCCGAGUUCCAGUUCGAGCCGCGGGUGCAAUACGAAUACCCGGAGGAGAAGGAGGCUGAAGCCGCUCCUCCGUUGGCGUUGGAAGAUGCGAAAAAGGACACGGCGGAGAGCCCGCCAAGGGAUCCGGCAAGACCUCGACCGGCGCCGGUUCCCCUGGGCACCUUUCAGGACGCGAAGCGCGGCAAGGUGCGAUUGGACUCCACGGCGCCUGUGGCAGUGGGCAAGGCCCUCGCAAGUGGCUCUUCGUCGCUUUUGGCCGCCAUGGCCGAGGCAGAUCGAAGGGCGGAUCGGAGGGGGGAUCGCAGAGGCGGUCGCAGGGACGAUCGCUCGGAGAGCCCGGCCCGGGAGAGGUGGCGGGAGCCGCCCCCGGAGUGGCAUCCCCACAUGUAUGGCCAUCCUGGCUACAUGCCGCCAAUGUACCACCAUCCUCCGCCGUUCGGUUACCCACCUAUGCAUGCGCCACCGCCCGGCCACUAUGCAGAGGCAUCACCCCCCGGCUCAUGGUCCGGUGCGGCGCCGCAGUAUGCACGGCCGCCCAGCGACUGGCAGGGUGCCUCGGGACGGGAUGUUGCCGACGCCCGGGGGAGGUCGCGCAGCGGGCGAAGAAAGCACCGGCGCCGAAAGUGA